UAGACUCUGCCAGCAGCAGAAACAGCAGCAGGAGGAAGAGGAGGAGGAGGGUACAUGCAACACACAACCUACGACUCCUGCUGCUCUCAAACCACAUACACGCGCUUUUACAUGCAUUUAUACUGAACACAGAGCGACGCGACUACCGUUGACCUCGCUGCAGAGGCAAGAGACGACAGCAGCUGUCCAUCAUGGCAGGCGAUAUGAUGUUACUGAUGCGAGGCUUGGCCAAGUUGAGCCAGGCCGUUGCAGAGACUCAGGGCAGCACCCUGCGCAGUGGAGCAGGUGUCCAAGGAGUUGGUGCUGCAGUCCAAAGUGUCCAAUCAGCUGCCGAGCAAGGCCUGUCUGCGGCCAUAAUGAAAAUGCAGGAGCUGUCCGGCCAGCAGCAGACCUCUUCCUCCGAAUUUGAUUUUCCACAGGAUGACAGCGCAUUCACAGCUUCAGAGUUCAGGAAGGAAGAUGUGGACUUUACAGCCAAUCACACAGGAGGUAGUGAUGAUGCCGCAGCCCAUCACAGCGCAGCAGCUGGAGAAAGCCAUGCCAGUGGAAAACAGUCAUUGUUUGAGGGAUACAACGAUCCCAGCAAACAGUUUAGUGGACAGACUAGAUCUUUCCACCAAGAUGCCAGACAUUUCUACAACCACAGAUUGAACAGGCAUUUGUGGGGACAGCUAUACUGUCAGCAUCAGGUCAGUCAGCUCAGGAGCUACCAUCAGGACCCGUCAUCAGUCGGAGGGCUGACGGCUGAAGACAUCGAGAAGGCAAGGCAGGAAAAGAAGGCUCAGUUCAAGUCACACAAACAGAUGUUGAGUGAGAGAGCCAGAGAGAGGAAAGUGCCGGUGACUCGGCUCGGCAGACUGGCCAACUUUGGAGGUCUAGCUGUAGGUUUGGGGAUCGGAGCACUUGCAGAAGUUGCCAAGAAGACCAUGAGACAUAAUGGUGCGGCAGCUGACUCUAAAAAAGCUGUUCUGGACUCCAGCCCCUUCCUGAACGAGGCCAACGCCGAACGCAUUGUCAGAACCCUGUGUAAAGUGAGAGGAGCUGCAUUAAAACUGGGACAAAUGCUCAGCAUUCAAGAUGACGCAUUCAUCAACCCGCAACUCGCCAAGAUCUUUGAGCGUGUAAGACAGAGCGCUGACUUCAUGCCAAUCAAACAAAUGACAAAAGCACUCAACAGUGACUUGGGUCCUAACUGGAGAGACAAGCUGGAGUCGUUUGAGGACCGUCCGUUUGCAGCCGCGUCCAUCGGCCAAGUUCACCUGGCGAGGAUGAAGGAUGGCAGGGAGGUGGCCAUGAAAAUACAGUACCCCGGUGUGGCUCAGAGUAUCAACAGUGACGUCAACAACUUGAUGACGGUGCUGAAUAUGAGCAAUGCCCUGCCCGAAGGUCUGUUUCCAGAGCACCUGAUAGACGUGAUGAGUAGAGAGCUGGCACUGGAGUGUGAUUAUGUUAGAGAAGCCCAGUGUGCAAAGAAGUUCAGAGAGCUACUGAAGGACCAUCCGUUCUUCUACGUGCCAGAGGUGAUAGACGAGCUGUCCGGUGGCCAUGUCCUGACUACAGAGCUUGUCUCAGGGUUUCCCCUCGACCAGGCUGAGAACCUCACACAGGAGCUGAAGAACGAGAUCUGUGAGAACAUCUUGAUGUUGUGCCUCAGAGAGCUGUUUGAGUUCAGGUACAUGCAGACUGACCCGAACUGGUCCAACUUCUUCUAUGAUCCACAGACACACAGGGUGGCGUUGCUGGACUUUGGAGCCACGAGAGGAUUCGAUCAGAGUUUCACAGAUGUCUACAUAGAGAUAAUCCAUUCAGCUGCCGAAGGAGACAGAGAGGGAGUGCUGAAAAAAUCUAUCGAGAUGAAGUUCCUGACUGGGUAUGAGUCCAAGGCAAUGAUAAAUGCCCAUGUGGACGCGGUGAUGAUCCUCGGCGAGGCCUUUGCCUCCACAGAGGAAUUUGAAUUUGGCUCCCAGUCCACCACAGAGAGAAUCCACAACCUCAUCCCUGUGAUGCUCAAACACCGACUCACUCCACCUCCUGAGGAGACGUACUCACUCCACCGUAAGAUGGGAGGCUCAUUUCUCAUCUGCUCUCGGCUGGAUGCAAAGCUGCGGUGUAAGGACAUGUUCCAAGCAGCAUAUCAGAAGUACUGGGAAGGACGCACGCCGCCCUCUCAGUCAGCCUAAGCUCAUCCCAAGUGUCAGGCGAUUUGAUGGACGGAUCCUGGGGCCAACGGACGGCAAGUGCAAGUCGGCAGCGAGAUCGUGGUGUGGGGACGCACAACUGCAAAGCAGAGGCCGUGUUACCAGCUAGUAACUGGUUAUCGAGCACCAGCAUAUGUUUCCCAUUUUAGGUACCCGGCUACAAUUGAGAGGUGCUUAUUUACAGCCAUCAUGUCUUUGUUUGAGAGGCAGCAGCAACAUCUGGAGUGCUUUUUAUAU